GAAGAUAUUUGUGCAGCAAACAAAAACAAAACAGUGGGAAGGCCAAAACCAGAGGACUCAAUUCGACAGUUGAGUCAUCCAACAUCCAUUGUUCCACUCAUCUUUCAAUCCUCAAGACCAAUCUUCUUCAUUUUUUUGUUGCAUGAUUUGCAAGCUAAAACUCCUAAGUCUUCCUUCAUACUCAUCCAAACCUUGCAAUUUCUACAUCCACCUAAAAUGUUCCGAAUUACCUCAAAAAAUCAGACACCCUUUCGACAGAAACCAUCUCCUCUCACUAAUCUCUUCUCCCAAAUACCAAGAAGGGCGAUUCCGCUGCAACGCUUGCGGAAAAGACGGUGAUAGAUUGGCUUACCACUGUGGAGAUUGCGGCAUUGAUCUUCACACGGUUUGUGCCAACAUGCCUUCUCGAGUCACCCACCAAUCUCACCCUCACCACCAACUUUCUUUAACCUUUUCCAUGCCACCUGGCGGACCGGGAUCUGCUGCGGCGUCUAGCUUCCAAUGUUGCGUGUGCCGUGGUCUAGGGUCUAACUCGUGGCUCUACAGCUGCGGAGAGUGUAGUGGAUUUGAUGCUCAUUUGUAAUGUGCUAGAAGAAAAUUAGCUACUUCAACAAAUUUGGUCCAUCAUGUUGAAAACCGGAAGCAACCACAGUUUGUUGGUACGACGCCGUCUGUUAACGUUCCGGUUAUUAAUAAUCCGUAUCCUUUGAUGUUGCCGACGAUUACGAGUCCUAUGAUUAGACCGAUGAUUAAUGAGAUGAUUAAUAAUCUUGUAACCAAUAGGCCACAACCCACAAGAUCCAAGCCAAGUCUCUCAACUUCAUGAAUUGCUAGGACCAUUUUAGGAAUGGGCAGUGGCGGACUGGUUGAUGGAUCCGUCGGUUUUCUUGGGUUUGAUACGUCGGUUUUCACAUCAGUUUUUUUUUUUUUUUUUU